AGUUUCUACAUUUUCCACCGACUCCACCUACCUCGUCGUACCUUCUCGAAGGCACCCUCUCCUCUCUCUCCAUGGGGUCUCUUUAAUCUGCUUUAUAAUAUAGAACACAAGAAACCAGACCCCCAAAGCCGAGCAGUUCAACAUCAAUUGCGUUCCAUCUGUAGAACUAUAUCUGUUUCGUUGCUUCUUUCAGGCAUUUUCACAAAUGGAAGAAGAUGGUGCUGUGACUGUCUACAAUAGCAGCAUCAUUGCCGAUGCCAAGAAGAACCCAUAUUCCAUCAAGGUAGGUUUAGCUCAGAUGCUUCGCGGCGGGGCAAUUGUCCAAGUCACUAAUCUACAAGCAGCCAAGAUAGCAGAAGACGCUGGUGCUUGUGCUAUUGUGGUAGCGGAACCAACGCGUCGAGGAAUUAGGCGAAUGCCUGACCCAUCUCUUAUCAAGGAGAUAAAACGCGCAGUUUCCAUUCCUGUAAUGGCUCCAGCGCGUGUUGGCCAUUUUGUUGAGGCUCAGAUACUGGAAGCUGUUGGGGUUGAUUAUAUCGAUGAGAGUGAGAUUCUUGCUAUAGCGGAUGAAGACAACUUCAUUAACAAGCAUAACUUCAGGUGUCCAUUCAUUUGCGGGUGUCAAAAUCUGGGGGAAGCGUUGAGGAGAGUGAGGGAAGGUGGAGCGAUGAUAAGGAUUCAAGGGGAGGUAUUAGGCCAUGGAAACAUUGCUGAGACAGUGAGGAAUGUGAGAAAUGUGAUGAAAGAGAUAAGGGUUUUGAACAAUAUGGAUGAAGAUGAGGUGUUUGCAUUUGCUCAAAAUAUAGCUGCACCUUAUGAUCUUGUGGCACAGACUAAGCAAAUGGGAAGGCUGCCUGUGGUGCAGUUUGCUGCUGGAGGGAUUGUGACCCCUGCAGAUGCAGCACUAAUGAUGCAAUUGGGUUGUGAUGGAAUUUUUGUGGGGAAUGAAGUUUUUGAUUGUGCUGAUCCAUAUAAGCGAGUGAGGGCCAUAGUGCAGGCUGUUAGGCAUUAUAAUGAUCCUCAUGUGCUGGUCGAGAGUAGUUGCGAAUUGGAGGAAGCAAUGGCAGAACUUAAUCUCAGUGAAGACAGGAUCCAACAUUUUGGUGGGAACUAGGGAAGUAAUUCUAAUUUCUAAAUACAAGUAAUGUAUCUUUCUUAUAUGCAGUUGUGGAUUAUAGAGAGUUGGUCUUUCUUGUUGCUGUGUUAAUUUUACUACUAAUAUGCAAGUAUGUUGUAUGUUGCAUUUUAUUGUCUGGAAAAACAGAUAAGAAUAGAAUAAAUUAUUUUUUCAAAUUAAUGUUGAACCUUUUGUUUUAAUAGAUAUGGGAGAUUGCAUCCACAAAGGAUCCUAAUGAUACAUUUACAUGAUAUUUUGUAGCAUGCUUAUCACAUAGAAUGAAAAGCUCUGUGGCAGGGCUAACUAGUUAUUGACUGAUUGCCAUGAGAUUUGUUUUUUGAUGUCCCUGAACAGACUCGUUCAGUGGAGUAAAAUUGAUGAUGGAAAAAAAUUUACUUGAUGUGAUUGCUUCAAUGUUCGUUGAUUGCAUUUCAAGUGGCGUCUAUUUCAGUAAUUCCGUAAGGAUAAAAAAUGUUCUGAGUUUGUACUUGUUGCCUGUUAUGUUCCCAAUAAUGAAAUACUCUAGCAAUUUCAAUAACAUCUCAUUUUAGUGGACAAGAAUUCCUGAAAAGUUUCAUCCCCUAGAAAACUACUUUGUUUUGUUUUGUGCAAACACAAAAAGAGAUAUAUGUUUCUUAUCUUUAAAUGAAAAUAACUUUCUAUGUCUGUCUUCCUGAACUUCUGAAAUUCAUCAAAGAAUAGCUUCUUAUCUCCUUCCUUUUCUUCUACCCUAAAUCUAUCCUAUAGAUUACAUCUUUUUACAUUUUGAUUUGUCAUAGAUUGAAUCCACCUUGGACCUCAUCUAAUGUUUGUUAAGUCCAUCAAGCAACACCUAUUUGAUUCUUAUAUCCAUUCUUUUCCCCGAGAUUACAUAUUCUUGAUCUCAGUGACUCAAAACCGACAAAGUUGAACAUACCAAACUUUUUUCUUUCCUAUCUUCUCCACUUGCCUUUCUUGUGCUUCUUGUAGUUCACAGAACUACAUCAAUGGCUGAUGCUAUAAUACCAGUUUUUGACAACUUUGCUGAUGGUGAUAGCAAUGAGAACCGUUUAUCCAUCAAGUUUGGAGUGGCCAAAAUGCAUUAACAAGUCAUUGUUGAAGUCACCAAUACAGAACAAGGCAUUCUCAAUUUGGUGAUGGCAAGAGUGUCUCUAUGGGGCAUUUUGUUGAAGCCCUGACUUUCGAAGCAACUGGAGUAGAUUAUAUUGAUGACAGCGAACUUCUUGGUAAUGUUGACAAUGAAAUCUACAUUAAUAAGCAUAAUUUUCAAGUAAUAUUUGCUUGUUAGUGCAGGAAUUUCAAAGAAGUGUCCACAGGGAUAAUGGAAGGUGUAGUCAUACUUUGGACGAUGAGGUAUCUAGGUGGAACUUGGCUGGGUUUGGUGACUUUGCUGGGUCACCAAUAAAGAUGUAAACAACAAUAAAGAUGAGGUUUUCUCGUUUUCACAGAAGAUGUAGGCAUCUUACGGUCUUGCAGCAGAAAUUAGGUGAAUGGGUAAGCUUCCAGUUAUGCAAAUUGCAUUGGGGAGGCACUAUGACUCCUGCUGAUGCAGCACUCAUGAUGCAAUUGGGAUAUGAUGGUGUGCUUGGUAGAUCAGAAAGUUUUGGAUCAGACAUGUAUAUCAGACAUUUUCUACAGUUCAAAUCUGUACAACUCAGGCAUUUUCUAUGUUUCAAAUACAUGUAGGCGAAUUCGUGCAAUUGUUCGGGCAUUAGGCGCUGCAAUAAUCUUCGUGUCUUGGCAGAAUGUAGCUAUGGAUUGGAUGAUACCAUGGUGGACGAUGAUAUUAUUUAAGAUUAAUCUGAUAAUGAAUCCGUCUGGUCUUUUCUUUGCA